UCUUUACAGUGGGGCAUGAUAUUCAACGAUUUCCAAAACAAAGAUGGCGACACCCGGUACACCUGAACUAACUGAUCUUCGAAAACUUACUGUGGUGAAGCUUCGCGAGAGACUAACUCAGCUUGGUCUUCCCACAUCUGGAUUGAAGGCAGAUUUGGUAGAAAGACUACAUGCCCAUUAUCAAGAGGAAGCAAACACUGACAAUAAUCAACAAGAUGAAGAAGAAGACUAUGAGGAUGACCCCGGGCCGCCCCGUCAGUCGGGCCCACCAUCCCUGCUCUCUAUCCAUACCCAGGAGCCACAGAGAGGUCUGGCCUCUUCCCAGGGUCAAGAGGGUGGAGCCCACUACCCGGCCCCUGGUCUCGGGGCCCGCACGUCACUGCAGAUGAGGCUCCAGCAGAUGGCAGGGCACUCUGAUGAUGCUGGGGCCUCGUCCCAGCCACCUCCCGCCCCAAUGGCAACCAGGCAGUCAGCUCCACAGCCACCGCCGCUGUUGUCCAAACAGAUUCCCCCUCCUGCCCCUGUCAGGAUGCCCCAGGUCCCCAUGGGGGGCCCGCCCUCUAUGGCUCCCCCAGGGGACUCGCAUUACCAGCCUCCACCCCCAGGGCUUGGCCUGCCCCAGGGUGUUAGACCUCCCAUGCAGCCACCACAGCCGCAGGCCCCUGUUCAGCACAUGCCCCAACCUCAGCAAAUGAGACAAAUGUCUGGACCCCCAGGGAUGUCCAGCCCACCCUCUGGAAUGUCCGGGCCCCCUGCAGGUAUGGGAGGGCCCCCCUCAAUUAUGGGCGGGCCUCUACAAGGAAUGGGCGGGCCUCCACAGCAAAUGGGCGGGCCUCUACAAGGAAUGGGCGGGCCUCCACAGCAAAUGGGCGGGCCACUACCAGGAAUGGGCGGGCCACCACCAGGAAUGGGAGGGCCACCACAACAAAUGGGCGGGCCACCACCAGGAAUGGGCGGGCCACCACCAGGAAUGGGAGGGCCUCCAAUGGGGGGAAUUCCUCCACCAGGCAUGUCUGCACCACCUUUGCGGCCUCUUAUGCAUCCACAGCAGCAGGGACCAGAAAUGCAUGACCAAAUGGCGAUGCAAAAUCGAAUGAUGGAGCAAGAACGACAGCAGCAGCAGCGCCAACAGCAGCAACAACAUGAGGAGAGAAUGGCCAUACAACAGCAGGCUCUAUUGAUGCAGCAACAACAGCAGCAGCAGCCCCUUAUGUCUGGCGACGGAGAGGAGAAGAAGGAAGAUCUGAUGGAGAAAGUGCGCCAGCAACAGAUUAUGUUGGAGCAACAGAAACACAAGGAGAUGUUGGAACAGCAACAGCAGGCCAUCAAGAAACAGGAAGAGGAUCGCAAACGCAAAGAACAAGAGAUCCUACGACAGCAACAGAUGGCUAGACAGAGCGAGGAGCAACGCAACAGAGGACCACCGAAGGCACCUGGUGGUCCCUUCAAUCCCAACCCCACAAUGCCGUCUGGUGCAGGACCGCGGCCCCUAUUGUCUUCCACGCCUGGCAACAUACCUCCUCUUUUGCCCGGACUGUCGUCAACCAGCAGCAAAAUUCCCCCACUGUUGCCCCCCAGUGAGAUGUCCCGUUCCCGUGACGACAGGGGCCCCUCACAGGGGGAGCCAAGAGAGAUGAAGCUGCCGUCCGCCCUGGAGAAGGUGCUCGCAUUCAAGGAUGUCCGCGCCCAGGAGGUCGGCAUGACCGAGGAGGAGAUUGAACAAAUGAAUAUGCCGGAAAAGAAGGCUAAGGAGGAGGAGGAUGAUGAGAUAGAGAUGGUGGAGAUGGAGGACCAGGAAGAGGAGGAGGACACUAUACAGGCACUCUCCUCGAAGGAGUCAAAGAAUAAGCGUCGUAAGAAGAAAAAGAAGAAGGCCAGGAAGAACAGACUAACACAACAAACUGCGCCAUCAGAUUUGGAGUCUGCAGACCCUGAUGUGCAGAUAGAAUAUGUCCAGGAACAACUGGAUCUUGACCCUACUGACCCCAACUACUUCACCUUCAGCAAGAUCUUUGAGGCUUUCAAGAUCACAGAUGAGAGUGCACGGGAUGCCCUCAAGCAGGCUGAAGUAGCGCCAGAGAAACCUGCUGAGCCCGCAAAGAAAGUCCACGACCCAGAUGCUGAUGACUCUGAUGAAGAAAUGGAGAAGAAAGCGGACGAUGACGGACCAAAGCUUUCCAAGAAGAAGUUGAAGAAGCUGACCAGACUGAGUGUGGCCCAACUGAAGCAGUUGGUCACCAGGCCUGAUGUCGUAGAAAUGCAUGAUGUCACUGCACAGGAUCCGAAACUGCUAGUCCAUCUGAAGGCAACACGUAACUCUGUGCCAGUACCGAGACACUGGUGUUUCAAGCGCAAGUACCUGCAGGGCAAGCGUGGUAUUGAGAAGGCCCCCUUUGAGUUGCCUGAAUACAUCCAGGCCACGGGCAUCACAGAGAUGAGGGCUGCCCUUGCUGAGAAGGAAGAUCAAAAGAACCUGAAGGCUAAGAUGCGUGAGAAGGUGCGUCCAAAGAUGGGAAAGAUCGACAUUGACUACCAGAAACUGCAUGACGCCUUCUUCAGGUGGCAGGUCAAACCUAAGAUGACCAUCCACGGAGAUCUUUACUAUGAGGGAAAAGAGUUUGAAACAAGAUUAAAAGAGAAGAAGCCAGGCAAUUUAUCAGAUGACCUGAAGACAGCUCUAGGCAUGCCUAUAGGCCCACAAUCAGAGAAGGUGCCUCCCCCAUGGUUGAUUGCCAUGCAGAGAUACGGACCACCGCCUUCCUACCCAAGCCUGAAAAUCCCCGGCCUUAAUGCCCCCAUACCCGAGGCCUGUUCAUUUGGCUACCAUGCAGGUGGGUGGGGUAAACCUCCAGUGGAUGAAAAUGGAAAACCUUUAUAUGGAGAUGUGUUUGGCACUAAGAGUGCAGAGUUUGAAACACAGGUUAAAGAUGACGACAUUGACCGUUCCCACUGGGGUGAACUCGAGUCUGAGUCAGAGUCUGAGGAAGAGAGUGAGUCUGAAUCUGAGGAGGAGGGGCCAGACGAGACGGGGCUGGUCACACCCGCAGAGGGCCUGGUGACCCCAAGCGGUAUGACCUCUGUGCCAUUGGGUAUGGAGACCCCAGACAUGAUAGAGCUCCGUAAGAAACGUAUAGAGGACAGCAUGGACCAGGGGGGAGAGACCCCCGCACUGUACCAGGUCAUACCGGAGAAGAAAACCACAGUGGGUGGCGCCAUGAUGGGAUCCGCGCAUAUCUACGACAUCUCUGGGGUCCCUGGAGGCCCACCAAGGAAGCCAGGUGAGAAGGUCUCAUCAGAGGGCAUAGAGGUCGCGCUGAACCCUGAGGAGCUUGAUCUUGACACGGCAGCCAUGCAGGCCAAGUACGACCAGACCCUGAAGGAGCAGCAGUCUCAGCUGGAGAAGGAGGACCUCAGUGAUAUGGUGGCUGAACACGCUGCCAAACAGAAGAAACGUAAAAAGAAACAAGAAGAAAGUGGGAAAGCAGCAAAGAAAUACAAGGAAUUUAAGUUUUAGUGACAAAUCAGUGUACAGACGUGACAUUAUUACACUGCAUAUUGACAUCAACAAGGAACAUUAUUUUCUUCAAUCAAUUGGAAAAUUUGCCUGGUAUUGUUUCAUGUGUUCAUAGUCAGGACAUAUCUUGACACAACAUAAACUGGUAUGCCUAUGAAGUAUAGCAUGAUAAUGUCUUUGAUGCCGUCUGUUUUGUACUUUGUUAAUGUUACCUUGUUGUCCAUGGUGUGGUAGUGAUGCAAAAAUAAAAUACGAACAGAAAUCAAUAUUACUGGAAAACCAUUUCGACUGUCACUUGAAUUUAUUGGAAAAUUGGAGUAUCAGUUUUCAGUUAUUGAAGUAAUGUAAUCUUUGUAAAGUUGCAAUCUUCUUUGAAAUCAGAUUUUCUUAUCAUGCUUCAUAAAUUGUAUUGUUUGAUAUAAAUUACAAUGGAGUGAGUAAAUGUACUAGAUACAUCAA